AUGAUACAAGGUUCCCACAGCAUCACAAACCCAGAAACUUCGCAACGUGAGCAGGUCACUGACUUCGCAGUGAAGACUAAAGGCCCAAAUGCACGACUUCUUCGAUUAGAACUGAGAGGUGACGAAGGUGACGAUCUGGAAGCGAUUCCGAUGGACAAGAGAGACGAAAAUUCGAGCAUCUUCGGUGAAGAAAAGACCCUGCGAGGUGUCGCGAAUCAUGUAGUCUACGGCGGAAACAUAAACGUCACAUUCCACGAUGCAGCUUCUUUAACGACAUACCAGGACCGAUCGCUCCUGAAAGAAGGAGAAAGUAUACACAUGAAAGCGAUUUGGACUUUCGACUGGCUGGGUCUUGAACAUGAUUUAAACAGUUCAAGUAACACGUUAAAUAGUGAACAACCUAGGCGACAACAGACGUGGCCAGGACGCUUGAAAGCGGCAAUGGUGAAUAAUGAACAAGGCUGGAUAGGCAAGAUAGGCAAAGAUGAUCCUAUUCCCGAUGGUGUUCAAUUUACAAGAGCCCUCAAGAAAUUUGAUCUGGUGUAUGGCAGAAUUGAAGAUUCGAUUCAUUACGAAGAUGGAGUUAGAAAAGGAACCUCGGGAAGUAUGAGAUUUCGUUGA